CUGCACAAGAUGAUAUACAGGGUCGGUAAUAAUGUAGGAGAGUAGCAGCAAGUAGUACGUAGUCCUAAACAACACUACUGGGAGGACAUGCGUAUGCCGGGCCGGUGUUCCCCCGUAUGCACAUAUUUGCAACCCUGUCUGGCCGCCAUCGGUUGUGAUUUGGAACGCAGCUAGCAGAACUGCGCGGCCGCUGCUGAGUGUGUUGACCUCGACCCUUCUCUUCUGCUCCUCCCUGGCAGUUCCGCGCCUGCUUCAGCCUCAUCGACUUCAUCAUCCGUCACCCUUAAUAGUACUUCCCCCAAGUCCUUCCGCGCGUCCGUCAGCGAGCAUCGAGGACCUCCGGACUUGAGCAGCGUGCUGGCAACUCGCGCGAACCCGCAAGCGCCGCGCACUCGGUCCUUCGGUCAAGCCGCCACGUCCGCCAGGCCAUGUCCGCCGGGACGUGGGAGAGCGAUACAAACGAUUCCUUUGCACGAAGCACAAAGGUGCACUCCUGCCUGCUCACCUCACAGGGAACAAUGUGCAGCCGUAUUCGCCUCCUCUUGGCCACCUUCUUUCUUACCUUCACCCUCGUCGCUUGCCAAGGCAGCCCUGUUUCACCACCUCUGCAGACAGCAGCCACCCCAGCAGUGGUUCCAAGCACCGCGUCCACUCGACCAAUCAAUGCCUCGAACUCUUCAACGCAGCUGUCGCCCAGUCUGACAACAUACACGACCGCCUUUGAGAAGACGCUGGUGCCGGGUCAGUCUCGCCCUCACGGCGUGCCCUCGAAUGCCUCCGUGUACAAUGUCACAGCCACCGAGACUUCGACUUUGGCAGCUCCCACCCCGGCCACGCCCACACCCACGACGGCGAGCAACGGCGCCGCAACACCUCCAGUCCACACAGACGAGCUGCCACUGCACACCGUCAUCGAUCCAGCGUUUGGAAUCCUCGGCGUGCUCCUCAUCCUCACCGGCCUGCCAAUGGCCUUUGUGGGACAGCGAGUCUCUUGGAUGGUCUGCAUCAUCUCAGGCUUCUACCUUGUAGGCAUCUUCACCCUUGCCUUUAUCCUUCGCUUUGGCGUUGCAAAGGCCGUCUUUGAUCCCAGCCACACAGUUAGCGGCCUCUUCCUCCUCGCCUGCCUCGUAGGCGGUGCAAUCGGCGGCAUACUUCUCGUCGUCUUUCGCUCCGGUGGCCUUCUUCUCUCCGCUAGCUUGGGAGGCUUUGCGCUGGGUCUGGCCCUACAAGCCUGCAAGGACGACGGCCUGAUCUCUUCAAGCCCCGGUCUGCGCUGGCUCCUCUACCUCGGCUUGGCCACUGCGACAUUCUGCCUCGCCUGCCACCCCAAGCUCCAGUCGCCUACCCUCAUCUUUAGCACGGCCAUCACGGGCGCCACUUCUCUUGUCCUCGGUGUCGACUGCUUUACCCGCGCCAAUCUCAAAGAAUUCUACGUCAGGAACAUCGGCUUCGACGACAUCUUCGAAAAGCGGCAUCCAGACACGUUUUCGAACCACCGCUGGCACCUUUCGCAGGCCUGCGUCAUUGAGCUGGGCGUCGUGGCAGCACUCACGUUGAUGGGCAUCGGUCUGCAGACGAAGAUGUGGUCCGAGCUCAAGGCCUCGCUCAGGCACAUGCGCAACGACGACGAGGAACGGAGGCUCCAGAGCAGGGCAAAGAGAGCCGCCAAGCGCAUCUUUGCCAGCGCUCAGCGGGACCUCGAGGCGUGGGAGGAGAGGCAUGGAUACAAGAAGACAUCGUCCAGCGAACGAAACAAUGGCUCCACAAAGGCCGCAACGACGGGCAACAUGAAGACAAACAAAAUCGAGGGACAAGGAAGCCUCGUGAUGCCUUCUUCGCCUGCAUUUGACGAGUCGAAGCCAUUCAUCGGUGCCGGCAGCCCCAUGACACCGCAUUCGAUGGAUAUCUAUCGCAGCGGCACUCCCAUCCACGCGAGAAGGACCUCCGAGGCAACAACCCUCUACCCCAUGGACACCUUCAACUCGACAAAGGGCCCGCUCACGGGCUACUUUGACCAGGAAGAGAAAGCCCGAGCGCAGGCGCAGCGUCGCCGCGAGAGUGAGAGCCCGGCCGAGGACGCGCAGAAGUUGCACGAGGAAAUCAAUGCCAUCCGGCGAAGCAUUCACGAACUCAGCACAAGCAUCACGCCUCCUCCGCCGUCCAUAAUUUCGCAUGACCGCUCGCAGACGCCGCUGUCCUUCCGCGAGAGGGCUAGCAGCGAAGCCGGCCUUCUCGGGCAGCAACCUCGCUCCACGUCACCGUGGUUGACCGACGAUCGGAGCCGUUCGAGGGCCUUUUCGAGUGCGACAAUGUCGGGCGCCCUUCCCAUGCCAGCGCUCGACUUUCACGAGCCAGUCCGCACCACUCCAUCGCCCUCACGAUACACACCCGUCGACGAGACGCUCUUCCAAGGAGAUGCGCCACAACCCUUUGCCUCUAUGCAACGCACCGGCUCCUCUCCUGCUGCUUUUUCCCCCACCUCUAGCAGUAACACCGUUCGGCCUCAAGCCCAGGAUUUUGACCAGACCAUUUCGACUGCCAGGCCAGCCCAACCCCGCUCCAAGUCGUCGGCAUGGCCUGGAGAAGCUGCUGGGGCGACCAACCGUCAAUCUCAGCAAAACCAAAGCCCAGAUGAGGCUCGGCGACGCCGUUCCUCACAGCAGAACUCGCCGUCUUCUCGCCCAUCUUCCGCCAUGUUUCUUCAACAGCACUUGCACCAACCACAGCAACAGCAAGGGAAGAGACGCUCCGUCAUCGACACACCUGAGAAUUCAGAAGCGCGCUACAAGGCUGCACUGGGACGCGAGCCGCGUCGAUCCUUGACCGGUCAGCCCGAUUUGUCGUCCAUGUACACAAGGGAGAAGAGGCAUUCGACGACCUCGGCCAUGCUGUUUCAGGCACACCAGUUCCCGGUUCAGCUUCACCACCAGCCGCUCCAGCAGUCACCAGCGAUGCUGCCGCCAGCUUCGCGUUUCGAUGCAGGAGGAGCCACCUCGAAGGCCAAAGACGACAAGCGAGACUUGACGAUGAGCGUGAGCGAACUGCAAGACCGGCACAAGUCUCGCCUCUCGGCUCUGCAGCGCCCGACGAGCAUGCGCAUUGACGAAGAAGCAACGCUGCAGAAAGCUAAGGAGGACUGGGAGCGGCGGGUGAAGAUGGAGAAGCGGGCCUGGGAGAGGGAGGAGAAGAAGAGACUGGAAGAGGAGAAGGCGCAGAGGAAGGCUGCUGCUUCCCCUCGCAGGGCUUCGAGAAUCGGCAAGACGAUGACGUUGGAUGAAAUGAAGAGCAGCACCGACGAUGAAGGACAAGAAAUCGACGAAGACGAAGUCCCGCUGGACCAGCUCGACAAGGCGAGAAGGAGGAAGAGCAGCGGUACAGCCAAAGCUAUCGAAUGGCGUCAAAGUUUCGUCGGUACUCCACCUUCUCCCAUACCGGUUCUGUCUCGUCCUCAGCUUCCCAACGUGCGAGCGAGCUUCGUUGACACUCAGGGCUCGAGCAGACCUACGAGCCCCGGACCGCAGCAAGCUAUAAGCCCUGGUUCAAACAGGGCUGCGAGCCCCGAGGCGUACUUUCCCCAGCAACGGCCUCUUGUGCAGCAUCAGCAGCAGUCGGCUCAUCGAACGAAGCGCACGUCCUCGUACGGCUCUAAGCCUCUACUUGACUUCAGGAUGGAGGAACUAAGGGCACAAAAUCACGAUUCCCACCAGAGGAAGCAGAUUUGAUGAGAGUCUUACUACGAAAACAACUCAUCAACACACAUGGCCCAGAACGGACGAUAUUCUUAUCCAUGGACACUUUUUCCCUCACCUGCCCCGUCUAUCCUCGACGAGAUGUUCCCAUGUCAACUUUACACAAGCGUUUCCUACCAUCACAACUGUCUAAUACGAAGCCAAAUACUAUAUUUUUGAUGUCUC